GAAUGGAUGUAUAAAAGGCCGAUAAUCAAUAUGAACGUAGAUCGAUGGAAGACCUAUGUUCGUAGUUCACCACGAAAUUAUUCUAUGGUUGUUAUGUUUACCGCACUCUCGGCCGGUGUCAAUUGCCCUAUUUGCAAGCCGGCUUAUGAUGAAUUUUACAUAAUGGCUAAUUCGUAUCGCUAUGCUUAUCCGGAACUGAAAGCACUGUAUUUCGGGAUGGUUGACUACGAGGAGGCGCCGCAAAUUUAUCAGCAGAUGAAUUUGAACGUUGCACCGGUGCUUUAUCAUUUCCCAGCGAAA